AUGGUGCUAACGAUCACGAAGAUCGUCGUGGGGUUGACUUUCGUUUACAUUAUCCGAAAACUCCUAUUUCCCUCAGUCGCACAUCUCCCCAAGGGUCUACCAAUAAUUGGCGCCAAAGAAGGCGACUGGUUCCCUUUUUUUCAAUCGGCAUGGCGUAACGCUCGCAAUCUCCGGGGGAAUAUGUUAGAAGCCUAUGCAAAAUACAAGGACCAAGCUGCAAUUCUGCCUAUUGCAGGACCCGGUGGUCAGAUAUUUGUGUUGCUUCCAGCGUCUGAAACCAAGUUAGUCACAGAUCAGCCCAAGGAUGUGCUCAGCUUGCGCGAGGUUAUUGUACAAGGGCUUCUCUACGAGUACACUAUAUCCGAUAAUAUGCUCGUCUCACACCCAACACACACAAAGCUCAUUACGACGACGUUAACCAACCAGGUCGGUAAUCUCCUCCCUGGCUUGUCUAAUGAGACCGUUCGAGCCUUUGAGGAGCAAUGGGGGACCGACACAGAGUCAUUUCGCAACGUUGGAAUCUGGGAUAGUAUGGGUGCUAUUGUGUGCAGAGCAACAAAUUAUGCCUUUGUUGGUCUUCCAUACUGUCGUGACCCGGCACUUCUCAGUGCCGGUCUCGGCUUUGCGCGAGCGCUACCAUUCAGCCAGCUGCUGUUGAGCUUUACAUGGAAGCCGCUACGUCCUUUAGCAUCAUUGUUGUUCACGCUUCCUUGUCGAUAUUACGAAAGACGAUUUACUCAAAUGCUCAUUCCAGAGAUUGAAAAUCGCCUGCGUAAUAUUGACAAUCCUACAUCCUCGCUGUCCGCCGGGAAAUCCCCUGGUGAAGUGGAAAGGAAGAACGAUUUUCUAGAAUGGUGUAUAGAGCAGGCCAGAGAAAGCGGCGACCCUCGCAUGUGCCGGCCCAGAACCCUCGCUGGCCGUAUACUUCUGAUGAACCUGGUCUCCAUCCACACAUCCUCCUUGACCAUCACGAACGUCAUGCUGGAUCUGGCGUCAUCUACACCUGAAGUCCUUGAGGAGCUACGAGCCGAGGUCGAACAAGUUUUGGAUGAAUGUGGAGGGCAAUGGACAAAGCUCGCAUUGAAUAAGAUGGAGAAGCUCGACUCGGUUCUUCGCGAGAGUGCCCGUAUCAACACCUUGGUUGCCAUCGGCCUUCGUCGCAGAGUCGUAGCGAAAGAGGGAUUCAUUACAACAUCUGGUGUCCAUUUACCCUGCGGUAACUUCUGCGCUGUUCAUAACCUUGGCGUUGUCCACGACCCCGAUGUGUAUGAACAGCCAGAUACCUUCAAGCCAUUCCGCUUCGUUGGACUGCGUCGUGGUAUCAACAGCGAUGAUCCCAACAAGGACCACGUAGAUCGAGCACGCUUGACAUUUGCCGCUACUGGGUCUGAUUAUCUUGCUUUUGGCAACGGUCGUCAAGCCUGCCCCGGCCGAUUCUUUGCGGCCAGUGAACUCAAACUAAUGUUGGCGUAUGCUCUGGUGAACUACGACCUGGAGAUUAUGGACUCGAGACCCCCUGACAGAUGGAUUGGGAUAUUGCGCAUGCCAUCCUCCAAUGCCAAGCUACGAGGGCAGAAUAAUUAA